AAAUUAAAUCUUUCAUCAGUUCAAUGUUGGCUAUAUAAUAAAUAUAUCUGCACAUUCUUAUGUUCGUGUGCCUUUAAACCAGUGGUCGGCACUCCAUACCACAAUUGUGCCGACUCAAGUCACACGUACGCUUACGCUCUAGUGCUGAACACAAAGACGACGACACGACACGACGUAGCGACGGCUGACCACAAAUGUCGCUUCGAAGCCAGCGUCUUGAACAUUUUGAAGACGGCAGCGACAUAUCAAACAGCAAUUUCAUUGUUGCCGUACUAACAUCUUUCACUUCAAUAAAAUUUACAUAUUUAGUUUAAAGUGAACUUAUUUACGCAAAAAAUUUAAAAAUGGUCGAUUUAUUUGUUUUAAAUAAUCGAUUGUUAUUAUAAAUGAUAUAUCAAAGCUAUUUUACGUUUCUGCUGGCAAAAUAACGUCAUACUUGUGAGAACUUUGAAUAAUUUUACAUUUCACAUGUUAGUGGCAGCUCUACAGCGGCCAUUGUCGUCGGCAAAAUUAGAAAUAUUUUUAAUUUGGCGACAGCGCAGACUUAAACCAUCGUGCUGUUGUCAAAAAAUCUGUGCCCAUAAGAACGCGUGUAUUUUAAUAUUUGACAAAUGUCGCUCGUCGCUUGUCGUCUUCUAUGUGUUCAACACAUCUAUCAUUCAGUCGUUGUCGAACCAGCAACGAGUAAACAUCGCGCAUGGCUAUGGCACUUUGCAUAAGUGCCCUGCGCGAAAUGCCUUACUGUUAUGAAAGUCGUUUGAUGUUAAGCUCCAGUUACCCAUACUUGACUUGACUCAGCUUCGAAAAAUUUGACUUGGAAAACUUAGAUGCAGUUAUACUAAACACAGCGCGUAGAAAUCAGCUGUUUUUGAAUGUUGAGAGAGCACACAAAUGUGACAUUUUAAUUGAUUUGUGAAGUUUGUGAAAAUUUAAUAAAUAAUAAAACAAAUUGUUUUGCCGAAUACCUUAAUAAUAAUAAUAAAUUUUAAUAAUGGAUAGCGAUUUAUUCCAAGAACUUGUUUAUUUAAAUAUUCUUCGCCUUCAAAGAAGAAAAGUUUUGAGAAGACGUAAACGCCGCUGGUCCGUUCAUCCAGCUAAUCGGGAUAGAAACCCAAAUGGUUUCUUCUGGAAGAACUUUUUAUAAUUAAAAGAAGACGACCAAAAACUAUUUCUUUUAACACGGAUGAAUCGGACAGUGUACAAUAUUCUUUUAAAUAUAAUUAGUCCGUUUUUAAAAAAACCAAAACAACAAGUUGGCGUCGAGGAACGAGUGGUUAUAACAUUAAUGUACCUCGCUUAUGGAACACCUUUUGAGGUCAUAGCCUCGAUGCAUAAGUUAGGCAAAACAACAGUGCGGAAUAUCGUACUUGAAACGUGUGAAAUACUUUGGUUACAUCUGUCCCCGAUAUACCUUAGCGAGCCAAGUACCGCACAAUAUAAAGAUAUUGCUGCAGAUUUUUUAAAACUGUGGAAUAUACCCAACUGUGUCGGAGCAAUUGACGGGAAGCAUAUAGCUAUUGUUCGUCCACAAAAUUCAGGCUCGUUAUUUUAUAACUAUAAAAAGUUUUAUAGUAUAGUUUUAAUGGCAUCCUGCGACGCUAGGUAUACGUUUACCUCUGCCAGCAUUGGUAGCUAUGGAGGACAAAGUGACGGAGGUGUCUUUCAGCAAACUAAAUUUGGUAAAGCGCUCUUGGAAAACAAAUUGCCACUACCACCAAGAGCUCCAUUAUGGAAUGAAUUCUCAACAGAUUUUCCACAUUUUUUUGUGGCCGACGCAGCGUUUCCGUUGAAGGAAAACUUAAUGCGACCUUACCCCGUUGCACAGCUGCCACGAAACAAAGCAAUUUUCAAUUACCGGUUAUCGCGAGCUCGUAGAGUAAUCGAAAAUAGCUUUGGUAUUUUAACCGCUCGAUGGCGUGUUCUACGAAAGGUCAUAGACUUUAGCCCAAAGAACUGCGAAACAAUUGUGUUAACCUGCUUGGUUCUUCACAAUUUUGUAAUGUUGAAUGACCAUGAUCGUUGGUAUUGUCCAGAUACAUUUGUAGACACAGACACCGCAGACCAUGGAAUAUUGGAGGGAGAAUGGCGUGAAGAUUUAGAGAGUGUUGGAGGUGCAUUACAUUCAAUAAGUUCAACUCGACGCAAUGCAUCUUGUAUCGCAUUCCGUGUAAGGGAUUUUUUGGCAGAAUAUUUUAUUAACCAGGGAGCAGUUUCAUUUCAAGAAGAUCGUAUUUAGUGUAUAUUUAUUUUAUUUAUAUUUAUAUUUAUUUAUAUCGUAUUUAAUGUGUAAAAUUGUAAUCCAAGUAUGAAGUACUAUACUUUUUGUUACGUUAACUUUUUUAUGAUAUUUUAUUAAACCAUAUGUUUACAUGACUUAGUAACAUAUUUUUCCGCGCUUUGUAUGUGUGUGGUGAAUCUUAGUAACCCUCAUU